AUGGAUACUGAAAUGCUAGCAUCGCGUAGCGGUAACAUGGUAGAACUAAAAUCUAUUGCUAUCUUUGUCAUAUACUGUUGCUUUGUGUAUACUUGUCCGUCCUUGUCGCACACUGUUGUUUUUCUUGUCUGCGAACAGGUCUGUAUUGUCAUCUAUCGGGCUCGUUUGAAACUAUUAAGCUGGAAAGGCAAUGUGCUAUCACCUCAGAUUUUUCAUUUUUAUCCUUUUAGUUCCAAUCAGAACUCAGAGAUGACAGCAUCACUGUAGACAAGGAAAGCAUUAAAUGUGAGACAAGGAUAACCAUAUGUCACGUGCUGCUCUCUGAACGCCUCUUAAUUCCAACUAGAACAAUAAUAUACAAAUCUUUGGUUGUUAGAAUGACAUUUCCACAAGCUCAUCAAGCUGAAUUGACAGCACUAGCAGAAUUGGCAGGGAUUUCGGCAGUUCCAGGAGUUUAUCGUAUUAUAUUGGAACUAUUGACACUCCAAAUAUCACCAGAGGAUAUAUACAUCCUUCUGAAACAAAUAUGCCCUCGAUCAACAGAGAAUCAAAGUGCUGAUAAUGGAGAAGAAAUAUCUGACAUAGCCACAAGUUAA